GGAAGGAAUGUAAGGGGGUGAAUGGACUGCUUUGUUUGUGUGGUUUAAAGUUACAGUUCAACAUUUUUUACCCCAAUUUGAACCAGUUUGAAAUCUGCAGCUACUUCUUGGCUGACAGUCCUGCAUAUUUUCAGGGAAUAUUGUACUUUAUUUACAGGCAAAACAAAUUCAGACUUCUUGUCAGAGCCUAAACUUUUUAAUGCAACCUAUCCCAGCAUACCUUGUCGCUUCUUGUAUGUCGCUGCUUUGCCAGCUACUUAAAUGCAUUAAGUUGAGUCUAACUACUCAAAAGUACUUCACAUGCAUCCAAGUUAGCUGUUUCUUUUUCUCUAAUCUGGCACUUUUGGAUGAUGUUUACAUUUUUCUUAAAGGAAUUAGUACUGCUUGACCAUGGCACAGCUUGAAUUAUAGUUUUUUUUUGCUGGACCGCUCACAACCAAUGACAAAAGUUUACGUGUCUGAUAUUGAAUGACUGAUGAAUAACCAACUUUAACCAGUAUUAAAUGUUUAAAUUCUGAGGGUUGAAAACUGGGAAAUAGAUGUGUAUAUAUAGGUUUUGUCUCCGUCAGAGCCUGAAUAUAUUUUUAUUUGUUUGCUCUAUGGAGAUUACUACAUAAACCUCUUGUCUUUCAGAAUGAAAAUCGCAGUCAUGAAAACAUCUGAAGGUAUCCGAACAAGAAAGUUAUUUCUGCUGUAUCACAAAUAUACAAAUACAGGGCUGCAGACAAAGUAUCUCUCCAAGAGAAACGGGAUGCCAGUACAGUUGGUUAUUUAUAGCCUGAGGAUAUGCAUUUGCCCCUUUCUUUGAACAAGUGAUAGAAAGAGUUCAGUACAGCCUGCAGGCAUACGUCCUUCUCUGGGUAAAAAGAAAACCUGUGAAAGUUUCAAAGACUUCACCGCAUGUCUCACCUAGUGCAAAAAAUUGUUUGUGAUCCUUACAUCUAAGGAGACAUUGUUAAUGUUUUGCAAAAUUUUUAGUAAUCAGAAUAAAUGUACAGAAGUAAGAGGCAUCAUAUUUCAGCCUUGAGUCAGCACACAGCCUCACUCUAAGAGGGCAGCAGCUGUAGCUGUACAGCCAAGCCUCUAGUUGCUGUUGACGUGGCAAGGAAAAUGUCUGCCUCAAACAAGAGGCAGUCCCAAGCUUCUUUGUAGGCUGAGCCAACCCCGCCCUGCCUCUACAGCUUCACAUUCCAAGUAUAGUCUUGCCCUGGCAUUUUCUUUCUGAGAUAUGAUUUUAUGGAAUUAAAUUACUAUAGUUCUGGAUAUGCAUGUGCUCCACAAACUCACUCUGGUUUAGUAAUGUUAACCUUAUGUUUUCUUUAUGUUCCUUAAUCACAGGCUGCCACAGCUGCUUAUGGAGACAGACAGGAUGUGGAUGACUAAUGUUGUAGCUCUUUGCCUGCUGGCCUUCGUGGCCUCUGCAGAGGACAAGAAGCUGAGUAGCCAUGCAGCCACACUGGCUGAUAACAGUGCCAACCUGGCCUUCAGCCUCUACCACAACAUGGCAAAGGAGGAAGACACAGAGAACAUCAUCAUCUCUCCUGUGGUGGUGGCCUCUUCUCUGGGGUUGGUGGCUCUUGGCGGCAAAGCCUCCACUGCCUCCCAGGUGAAAACCGUCCUUAGUGCUGACAAACUCAAGGACGAACAUAUGCAUGCAGGUCUGUCAGAGCUUCUGUCUGAGGUUAGUGAUACCAACACACGCAACACUACCUGGAAGAUCAACAACCGCCUCUAUGGUCCCAGCUCUGUAUCCUUCGCUGAUGAGUUUGUGAAGAACAGCAAGAAGCACUAUAACUAUGACCACUCGAAAAUAAACUUCAGGGACAAGAGGAGUGCAGUGAACUCCAUUAAUGAGUGGGCAUCCAAGUCAACUGAUGGCAAGCUGCCGGAGAUCACCAAGGAUGUGCAGAACCCAGAUGGAGCCAUGAUUGUCAAUGCCAUGUUCUUCAAGCCUUACUGGAAUGAGAAGUUCCACGACAAGAUGGUUGACACUCGGGGUUUCCUGGUUAGCCGUUCAUUCACUGUUGGAGUUCCCAUGAUGCACCGUACAGGUCUUUAUGACUUCUAUGAGGACACUGAGAACCAUCUCUUUGUGCUGAACAUGCCUCUCGGCCAGAAGCAGACCUCCAUGAUCCUUAUCAUGCCCUACCACCUGGAACCCCUGGAACGCCUGGAGAAACUUCUGACAAGGAAGCAGGUGGACAUGUGGAUCAGCAAGAUGGAGAACAGAGCUGUAGCUAUCUCCCUUCCUAAAAUCUCUCUGGAAGUCAGCCACAACCUGCAGAAACAUCUUGCUGAGCUUGGUCUGACUGAGGCCGUGGACAAAGCCAAGGCCGACCUGUCUAACAUCUCUGGAAAGAAGGACCUCUAUCUCUCCAACGUCUUCCAUGCUUCAGCCCUGGAGCUCGACACUGAAGGAAACCCAUAUGAUACUAGCAUCUUUGGCAGCGACAAGCUGAGGAACCCCAAGCUGUUUUACGUAGACCACCCCUUCCUUUUCCUGGUGAAAGACAACAAGACCAACUGCAUCCUGUACAUUGGCAGAGUAGUUAGACCUAAAGGGGAAAAGAUGCGUGAUGAGCUAUAAUGUUGAUGUGGUGAAUCAUGUUGGGUAGCUUUACUAUUUGUGAAAUUAUGGCAAGAAACUGUACAUGUGCAUGUGGUCUUUUGUUUGGUUUUUUGGUAUGACUGUUACCUCAAGAGCACAUUCCAAAAGAUAGUCUGUUAGUUUGCCUGAAUAUUUGAGCUUACCGUUCAUAGAUACACUAAACCUUUCCAGGGAAUAAUUCUGUAGAAAUGCCUAAGACCACUUCGACCAAAUAAUGCUCUUAACAAAAAAAUGGAUGCCUUUUUUGAGAUUCCCAGUAACAACCAGCAUGUGACAAAGCUAACAACAUGCUUAUAUUAAGUAUGAUCUCUUUUUCUUUACAUUCUCUAUUUGAUGGUGUUUGGUUGCAAUGUUUGUUUUCUUGCAAUAUCUUUAAUGUUUGAAGAAAAAAAGAUCCUUGGAAAGGUGGCGACUGUCUUGUACUUGAUCUAUGUCCAUUUGGCAGCCGUACUGUGUCAUUGUUGUUGCUGUAGGUAUUUACCACAAACAAGUGGUUGGAAAUGUGUGAUUAUAAUGUGCUCAUUUUUCAAUAAAAAAAAUAAAAUAUC